AUGAUCCCAUCCGCCGCGCGACAAGGGGGUGCAAAUGCCACAGCAUGUCAAUCACAGAGCACGAAUGCAAGUGUCAUCCCAUGGGCACCCCAGGCCGCAUGCAACACCAUUUGCUCGACCGUGACACCGUGCGACGCGCAAAACAUCACCACCGCAACAAUCACGGGGCGCGGUGCCAAUCCGACAAGGGAUCCACCAGCCGCACAAGGGCAGCAAAUUGCCGUGGCAUCAUACAUCAAUCCCCUCAGUGACCCGGCUGCAUGGGAUCGGUUGAUCCAGUACGAUGCGCACAAGAUGCCUAUCUUGGUUGCCAACGUCGUAGACGGUCCGGGUUCAGCGGUGGAUGUCCACUGGCAGGAUGUGAUUCAACGCGCUGCGGAUGCCAACAAAACCGUGCUUGGCUAUGUGCGAACGGGAUAUCUGGGCAUCAGCGAUCAAAAGUUCCAGACGCGGCUGGGAUUGGGCGGACUCGCGGAUUGGGCCGCCCAGAUCGAAGAGGAUGUCGAUAUGUGGUACGCGCUCUAUGGCGACCGGAUUGGCGGCAUCUUCUUCGACGAAGGCUGGCCCAACUGCGGUGACGAGAACGAGCACGUGAACCUGUACAAGUAUAUCAACGCCUAUACCAAACGUGCGCAUCCCGGUGCCUAUACCGUGCUCAACCCCGGGUCACCGAUGGCGGCUUGCUUCGAGGAUAGCAUGGAUACCCUGCUCACAUUCGAGCAGGGCUACAACGCGUAUCUCAACCACUACGUACCCAACAAUUGGACUCCCCAGGACCCGCGGAAGCUGUGGCACAUCGUCUACAACGUUACCGAGUCCGCGAUCGGCGACGUGCUCACGUUGGCCAACGAGCGCGGCGCGGGCUUCCUGCAACUCACCAAUGACGACCUACCUAAUCCUUACGACACGCUGCCGGAGGACUCGUACGUCCAGAGCAUGUUGAAUGCAAUUCGCGGUGGCUCACUGCUGAUUGCCGACGCCGUCGAUUGGGGGUCGGGUGGUGCGGCAGGAGGGGUCGCUGACCUGACGGUGGUAAGCUCCGACGAUACUUCCGCAACGCUGUCCUGGACCGCGGCCACCAAUGCUCAGGGAUAUUAUGUGUACAUGGAUGAUCGUCUUGUUGCCAGCAUUCCCAGCUCGAUGACCGAGAUCACGAUUGGGAGCUUAGUGUCUGGAAGCAGAUUCACGGGGUACGUCUGCGCUGUGGGAGAAGGGGGAAAGGAAGGCUCGGCUUCGAACCAGGUCACCGUCAUCACCAAGUCUUUAGUCCCUGACGGGCAGACUGUCAUACAAGCAUGA